UCCUACUCAUGACAAUCCCAAACCAUCCUUCUUUUCCUUCAUUUAGUUUUGUUGUGGAUGAUGAUCGUCUCGGCUUUGCUGACCUCGGUGGGGAUGAACCUCGGCCUCCGCUGGCUAUUCCUCGCCCUUUACUCCAUCAUUCAGAAGCAGCUAGGGAACGUCAAGUUCUACGUCCCCUGCCUCGUCGCCAAGGGGCGGGCCUGCCGGUGGAGAGAAUUCAACAUCGAGAGCCUCCUCCCCUCGCCCACCUGGGUCCGCAAGGGACUGGAGCCCUCCGAGGAGGACCUCCUCACGUCUUGCGGCCUCGAUGCCGUCGUCAUCAUGAGAAUCUUUAUAUUCGUUUGAGAGGAUUUUCUGUUGCCAUGGUUGUAGGAAUAUGUAUUCUUCUUCCUGUAAAUUAUUUGGGGGACCAGCUUCGUGAUAUUGACUUUUCUGAUCUUCCAAACAAGUCCUUGGAUUUAUUCAGCAUUUCAAAUGUAAAGGAUGGCUCGAAUAGCAACUUGGGCCUCCUGAAAAAUGGUGGGAUUUUUAUACCAAAAAAAAAAAAAGAAAUGGUGGGACAUUUGGUACUGGUUUUCCAAGAAAGCUUGAUUUUUUUUUGUCAACAUCAAACAGAAAAAAUGCGAUGGUGGGAUUGGUACAUCGACGGGGAAAAUGCGUAGGUCAAACGAUCAAGUCAACAAGCCAGAAAAAUCCUGGUUCACAAGAUCAGAGAUGCUGCUCGCCUUCAUUUAGCUGAACCGCAUCGCAUAUCCUAUAUCGAGACUUUGGUGGAUCAAAAUAGCAACGAGAGAGAGAGAGGAAGUGAAUCAAAAUGCUCCUGGAGUUGUUGGAUGGCGGCAAGGUCAGGGGAUGCUGCUCGCCUUCGACAAAUAGCCGAGGGGAACAACACCCACCUCAACGAUGUCACGGUGGGGGGGGGGACACCGUACUCCACAUAGCAGCCAAGAUGGGUCAUGCAGAGCUCGCGAAGGCCAUCCGCAGGCUGGAGCCCUUACUGUUAACCAGACAGAACUCCAAAGGAGACACUCCGGUGCACUGUGCGGCCAGGGCCGGGCAUCACGCGAUCGUCACCUCCUUCGUCUCCACUCGAAUCGUUGAUGAGCAAGUUGGAGAGGAGCAUGGAAGGCUGCUCAGGGUGAGGAAUGGCGUGGGAAACACGGCCCUUCACGAGGCGGCUCAGAACGGCCACCUGGAGGUGGUCCAAGCGAUCAUGUCCGUGGAUCCAGACUCGGCGGCUGUGGUGAAUCAGGCGGGCGUGUCUCCGCUCUACAUGGCCGCGGAAAGGGGGUCAUCCAACAUUGUGCGCUCAUUGCAGUGGUCCGAGGCGUGCUCCUACGAAGGACCAAACGGGCAGACAGCGCUGCAUGCAGCCGUGCUCAUUUGCUACGAUAUUACAGAACUGAUACUAGAACAAGUGCCAGUCUUCAUCAAACGAGGAGAUGCCACCAACAACAGCACACCUCUUCAUUAUGUAGCCUCCAGCGGUGAUCGUAAAAUGGUGCAACUUCUACUUGAUAGUGACAACUCAGCAUCCUAUCUACGGGACAAAGAUGGUUUUGCACCCAUUCAUGUUGCAGCCAGUGCAGGCCAUCUUAACAUAAUAGCAGAGCUUUUGCAGCAUUGUCCUGAUUGCAUGGAGUUGAUAAAUAACCAAGGCAGGAACUUCCUUCACGUUGCCAUCAUGAACAAAAGAUUAGAAAUUGUCAAGUACGUGCUUGAAUCAGCAGUCUUUAUAGACCUUCUAAAUGAGCCAGACAAUGAAGGCAAUACACCCUUGCAUUUAGCUGUCAUCUCAAGAAGCAGGCAGAUUACCCAGAUUUUAUCAUCCGAUGGAAGAGUAAACACCAGCAUCAUGAAUAACAAGGGCCAUACUCCUCUUGAUCUUGCUUCCUUAGCCAGCAAUUGGAAUUGGGAAAUUGCUCUUAGAAUGUACAAAAUCGUAAUAGAGUUGAUAAAUCAUGGCUCACGAUUAAGUCCACAACGACUGGAUCUCAUUACAUGUUGCCUACAAAAAAACCAGGAAGCAGAAAUAAACCAGUACAGGGCAUUCGCUAAUAAUCUUAUAAUAGUGGCAGUCCUCAUUGCUACGGUCACUUUUGCUGCAGCAUUUACUCUACCUGGAGGAUACAAGGGCGAUUCUAGCUCUAAUGCGGGCAGUGCCAUAUUAGCAAACAGAGCUGCGUUCAAAGCAUUUUUGGUCUCAGAUAGCUUAGCCAUGAUCAGUUCCAUCUCUGUGGCAAUUAUACUCCUUCGCACAGGAUCACUAGACCAUGACAUUCGGCUAUACUCCCUUAUCACUGCAAUGAAACUGCUGUGGGUCGCACUUGGAGGAAUGUUUGUAGCAUUUGCAACUGGUGUGUACGUUGCAGUUGUCUCCAACUGCAAGUGGCUUGCUAUUCUCGUAGCUGUGAUGAUAUGUAGCAUUCCUCUUGGUGCCUGGAUGACUGCUUAUUGGCCUAACAGUGAUUUCUUGAGCUUGGUGAAGAUGAACAUAAUCCAAGAAAACGAUACUCCGAUUACUGAUUUAGAUUAUAGGUGGUAUAAUAAGCAGGUUGCCAUUCGUCGAAGGCUUGCAGGCAUUGCAGACUUCCAUACACCUUAACUGAUUUAGAUCAUAGGUGGUAUGAUAAGCAGAUUGCCAUUCGUCGAAGGCUUGCAGGCAUCACAGACUUCCAUACACCUUAAGUUUUUGCAUUACGUGUGAAAUAUGCUUGCUUCAUAAGUUGGGAAAAAUUUUCGAGUGCAUUGGCUGCAAAUGUACUAGAAUAAUACUGGUAAAUUGUUGUAUCAGUAAGCUGGUAAUUAGAGAUGGUACUUCAGCAGAUUUUUAGCAGGUUUCAACGGUAUACCCAUAUUGACAUGAUGUGUAUGUUGUUUUAUCUUAGAAGUGUAUCCACCAUCAUGAAAAAUGUCCAAACAUAUUUUUUGACUUGUUGGAUUUACAAUAGUGAGAAUUGGAAGGGCAAA